AUGGCUGCUCGUUGGAGGAAGCUGGUAUCCAGCACCGGCCUUUCUCGCUCCUCGCAUCUUUUGUCAGCCAAUGCUCCUGAUAUUUGGAUUUUUGGAGGAGAACUCCUACCUCGCCAACCAGUAGGCAAUGAUAUAGAUUUAGUCGGCAUGGGUACAGAAUCAGAAGAAAUUGGAAUAAAAACGCUGCCGGCGUCAGCAGGUGCACCUUCAGCCCGUGUUGGCUCAGCCAGUGUGACGGCUAAUGGGCGCAUUUGGCUCUUCUCCGGACGUGGGGGGCUGGCCAUGGAUCCAAUUGAGGAGAAUGGAAGCCUCUGGCAAUACAAUCCUGCCACCUACGAAUGGCAGCAAUUUUUUACCAAAUCAUUGGCUUAUCCUACGUCACGCAGCUAUCACGCAAUGACAUUUGAUGGCGAGAAAACUAUAUAUGUCCAUGCAGGGUGUCCAUCUCAGGGACGACUUUCUGACUUGUGGGCGUUUAAUAUCGAGACACUAACCUGGACCGAACUCCCUUCAGCUCCUGGCCCUGCCCGCGGAGGAACGUCAAUUGCCUUUUGCAAGGGUCAACUCUAUCGCCUGGGCGGAUUCGAUGGAAAGUCGGAGCAAGGGGGUGAGCUCGACAUCUAUGACCCAGACGCCAAAAAGUGGAAUACUGUUACCUUCACGGCUGAUGGUAUUCACGGCCCCGAAGCACGCAGUGUAGCGACGCUUCUGGCAGUACAACUGCCUGGAAAAGAACAUGCUCUAGUCACUAUGUUUGGAGAACGGGAUCCUUCAUCGCUUGGACACGCAGGAGCUGGGAAGAUGUUGGACGAUGUGUGGGUGUUUGACAUCAAGUCUUCAAACUGGAGCAGAAUCGAGUUCUCAGAACAAAGCGCUACCCCCGCAGCCCGAGGAUGGUUUGCUGCAGAUGUGUCAAGGCAGUCAGAUGGAGAUGCGAUCAUUGUUCAUGGAGGCCUUGCAGAAGACAACACUAGGCUGGGAGAUGUAUGGAGGCUCGACUUCUCGUAA